AUGUCUUCCCUUGUCUCCGAGUUUCUUAUCAACCCUGUCCUGCGCCAAGCUCGUCGAUUUUCCGAAAUCUCGCGAUCUACCUUCGCUGGCGAUGGAGGUGAUUCGACUGAACACGCCGACGCAGUGAGCGAUUCUGGUCUCCCCGAUAGUCCCGUCUCUGCGCCCGUACUUGUACAUCGACCGGAGUCGGCACCUGUGCCGAUCAUCGACUCUCCCCUCACACGACCCCUCAGCGUCUCAACCUUAGAAACAAGAGUCGAAGAAAUCGAACCGUUACCAAUCAUGUCUCGAGAAUCUCCUCCUCGCGACAAUAUCGGAAUUGCCCUGAGUCCCCUCAGCUCCCGCCGAAUUCCGGAAGAUGAUGGCAUGCGCGAGUUGCGAUCCCGCAUACACACAAUCAAUGCAAGAGAUAUACCCCAGGACGACAAGGCACGCCUAAUUCACGAUGUUCUAUUGGAAGGAUACAAUUCUUCCAAGACCGUCCCGAUCGUAAAGAAGAUUUUGGAAAGUGGUGGUGGCUUAGACCAAGUUCUCUCCCAAUCUCCAGCUUCGAGGCCGUUGAAGUUCUGGCAGAACCAGCCAGAGGAGGAGACAUUUAUCUUGAGCGAGGAGGACAAGACACCAACAUUCGUGCCUAUAAAGCUGCCGAAACGACAUGGAAGCGAAACCCCCGUGGAACCUUAUGAGGUGACACCGGAAACGGAACAGCCUCUUGGAUGCCAACACUACGAACGGAAUGUCAAACUGCAAUGCUUCACUUGUAAGAAAUGGUAUACAUGCCGUUUCUGCCACGAUGCGAACGAAGACCAUAAUCUCGUUCGUACAGAGACCCGAAACAUGCUCUGUAUGCUUUGCACAACACCACAAAAGGCUUCCGAUAUGUGUAUUAACUGUGGCGAGGAAUCCGCUCACUAUUACUGUAAUAUUUGCCAUUUGUGGGAAAAUCGUCAGAGCAAACCCAUCUACCAUUGUAACGAUUGUGGCAUAUGCCGUCGAGGCAUGGGCCUUGGCAAGGAUUUCUUCCAUUGCAAGACAUGUCGCGCGUGUAUUUCUACCUCCAUUGAGGGCUCACAUAAGUGCAUCGAGAGGUCGACAGACUGCGACUGUCCUAUCUGUGGUGAAUACCUCUUCACUUCUCCACGGCCCGUGGUUUUUAUGCCUUGCGGCCAUAGUAUCCACAAGAAAUGCUACGAACAGCACAUGAAGGUGUCCUACAAAUGCCCGAUUUGUAACAAGAGUCUUACCAACAUGGAGACUCAAUUUCGAAAUUUGGAUGUCGCUAUCCAGACUCAACCUAUGCCUCCGGAAUUCCGCGAUACGACUGCCGUCAUACUGUGCAACGACUGCUCUGGGAAAAGCACGGUUCGAUAUCACUGGUUGGGUCUGAAAUGUUCCAUAUGCCGGUCGUAUAACACAGUGGAGUUGAAUAUCAUCGGAGGCUCUUCAGCACAGCCGCCUGUGAGUGACGAACGACCGCCUGUUGUGGCAACCGGGCGUGAUGCUUCUGGCUCUGUAAGUGGAAACAGAGGAGCGGUUCCAGCGGGGAACAGACGUAGACACUCAUCUCAUGGUGUCGAAGCUCAAAUUCGUGCGCCUGACAGAGUUGCGCGAUCGGUAUCGCCUGUCAAUAUGGGAUUGGAUUCGAUAAUGGCACAUCUACCACCAGACGAAGAGUCUGAAGACGACAUCCUGGGAAUCUGGAGGAUGCGAAACCGUGGCAACAAUGCAUCAGAUAACGACGACGAUUCUGAGUUGGAUGACCUCAGCGAUGGCUUGUCUGACGUGGAGGAAGACGAUGACGACGAAGAAGAAGACGAAAAUGAAAUAGUCCUUUUUGGACACCGAUGA